GGACAUCUUUCAAACAUGGCAGAAACUAAGACUCACCGGCUUGGAGCAGCUCUGUCUCUGAUCCCUUUAAUUUUCCUCAUCUCUGGAGAUGAAGCAGCUUCAUUUCAGCGAAACCAGCUGCUUCAGAAAGAACCAGACCUCAGACUGGAGAAUGCCCAAAAGUUUCCCAGUCCUGAAAUGAUCAGAGCUUUGGAAUACAUAGAAAAACUCCGACAACAAGCUCACAAAGAAGAAAACAGCCCAGACUACAAUCCCUACCAAGGUAUCUCUGUUCCUCCUCAGAAGAAAGAAAAUGGUGAUGAAAGUCGCUUGCCAGAAAGUACAAGGGAUUCUCUGAGUGAAGAUGAGUGGAUGAGGAUAAUACUUGAAGCUUUGAGACAGGCCGAAAAUGAGCCUCAGUCUGCACCGAAAGAAAAGCCCUAUGCUUUGAAUUCAGAAAAGAACUUUCCAAUGGACAUGCCUGAUGAUUACGAGACUCAACAAUGGCCAGAGAGGAAGCUCAAGCACAUGCGAUUCCCUCCUAUGUAUGAAGAGAAUUCCAGGGAUAACCCCUUUAAACGCACAAAUGAAAUAGUGGAGGAACAAUAUACUCCUCAAAGUCUUGCCACACUAGAAUCUGUGUUCCAAGAGCUAGGGAAACUGACAGGACCAAACAACCAGAAGCGUGAGAGAGUUGAUGAGGAGCAAAAACUUUAUACAGAUGAUGAAGACGGUAUCUACAAGGCCAAUAACAUUGCCUAUGAAGAUGUGGUUGGGGGAGAAGACUGGAACCCAGUAGAAGAAAAAAUAGAGAGCCAAACCCAGGAAGAGGUAAGAGACAGCAAGGAGAAUAUAGAAAAAAAUGAUCAAAUCAAUGAAGAAAUGAAGCGUUCAGGGCAGCUGGGCCUCGAGGAUGAAGAUCUCCGGAAAGAGAGUAAAGACCAACUCUCAGAUGAUGUCUCCAAAGUAAUUGCCUAUCUGAGAAGGUUAGUGAAUGCUGCAGGCAGUGGGAGGGCACAGAAUGGGCAAAGCGGGGAAAGAGCAACCAGGCUUUUUGAGAAACCACUUGAUUCUCAGUCUAUUUAUCAGCUGAUUGAAAUCUCAAGGAAUUUACAGAUACCCCCUGAAGACUUAAUUGACAUGCUCAAAACUGGAGAGAAGCCAAAUGGAUCGGUGGAACCCGAGCAGGAGGUGGAAUUUCCUGUUGACCUAGAUGACAUCUCAGAGGUUGACGGAGACCGUCCAGAUGCUCUCCCAAACAAAAUGCUCUCCAAGAAUGGUUAUUCUAAAACACCCGGUCGUGCUGUGGCACAGGCCCUACCAGAGGGGCUAACUGUUGAGGACAUUUUAAGUCUUUUAGGGAUGGAAAAUGCAGCAAACCAAAAGCCUCCAUAUGUUUCCAGUCAGUACAACCGAGAGAAAGUUCUGCCCAGGCUCCCCUACGGUCCUGGAAGAUCUGGAGCGAACCAGCUUCCCAAAGGUGCGUGGAUGCCAGAUGUUGAGAAUAGACAAAUGGCGUAUGAAAACCUGAGUGACAAGGAUCAAGAAUUAGGAGAGUACUUGGCCAGGAUGCUAGUGAAAUACCCUGAGAUCAUGAAUUCAAACCAGGUGAAGCGAGUUCCAAGUCAAGUCUCCCCUGAAGAUAACCAACAGGAAGAGGACCAAAUUGAGCAGGCCAUCAAAGAGCAGUUGAAUCAAGGUAGCUCUCAGGAGACUGAAAGACUGGCAUCGGUAAGCAAAAGGCUCCCUGUGGGGCCCCCAAAGAAUGAUGAUACCCCAAACAGACAGUACCUGGAUGAAGAUCUGUUAAUGAAAGUGCUGGAAUACCUCAACCAAGAAAAGGUAGAAAAGGGAAGGGAGCAUAUUGCUAAGAGAGCAAUGGAAAAUAUGUAA